AUGUGCAUCUUCUCCGCAGGCUCCAAACCCACAAGCACCACGGCCCCGGAGCAGCUGCCGCCGCUGCAGACGUCCACCACCAGCGACCUCAAGCUGCCCAAGAACAAGAGCACCAGCAACCUCCUGUCCCACAGCAGCCCCGCCAACUCGUCCCUCGCCGUGAACACCGUCCGCCCGCGCAUGUCGUUCGACGCAGGCACCUCGCGCGACUAUGACCGAUUGACGAGAUCGCCCAUCGUUCCUGAGCACGAGCAUGGCCUAGGAGCGUCGGGUCUUCGCCGCAUACGGCAGCAGCCGCUGCGUCCCAGCACCAGCGGAGCCACCUCGCGGUCUGCCUCGAUCAACCUGUCCCUGCCGCCCACGCGUCACCCCUCGGCCUCGCACGUACUACCUUCCGGGCCCGGCACACCCGCCCUCAACUUCAGCGAAGACCUCUCCCGAUUCCCCUCCGAGUCCCUCCACUCCUUCUCUUUCGCCCACCAGUCCGAGGAUUUCAUAUACAACCGCCAGAAUGUCUUGAAACGGUCCAUAGACUUUAUGCGGGACAAGCUGGGUUGGGCCGCCAUCAAUCCCGGCAUCGCCAGCGCUCAGGCCCGUCUGAGCGGCGACCAGGAGCUGCAGAGCAUGAUGGACCUGCUGGCGCGCGCCAAUCUGAUCGGUGAGGAGGCUCUGCAGGCCCAUGGCUUGGGGGGCAAGGGGCCCGUCACUGGCCCUGCGGAUCCGUCCGGCGAAAAUAUUUUCGACAAGAGCUUCGCGCCGCGCUCAGAAAGCCCGGAGCCCUUGGACGAGAACACGCCCCUAACAAGCCCGAGGAGCGCCUCUGCCUUUUCCCCGGCCCUCAAGCCCACCAUGGAGGAGGCCUUGGCACCCGAAAGCGAGUCGAGCGUGCUUUCGUCAUCUCAGACCUCCGGCUCGCCCGGUGCCUCUCCGCACAAGCAGCUGUCCCGCUUGGCGUUGAAAAGGACAUAUACGGAUACAGCACCACUUAAGAUUCAGAGCAGGUUGAACGACGCCCUGGCCCAACCCUACUUGGCCGCGGAGCCUACUACAUUUGCCGGGAUUCAGGCCUUCUCCCCGAAACAAUCGAUUCCGCAAACACCCUUACCCUCCGUGCCCGGAUCACACUCGAGCGCCAAUGCCCCGCAUGGACAUGGCAGCCGCUGGGCACCAGCAGCCCAAGCUAUUUUUACAACCGAAGCCCAGGCGCCAUGGACCAUCACCGCAGCAAACGACCUGGCUUGUCUUGUUUUUGGGGUGACGAGAUCGGAAGUGCGGAAGAUGGGCAUCUUGGAGGUCGUCCAGCAAGAACGAAGGCAGUGGUUGGAGAACAAGCUAAGGGACCCUGAAGCCGGCUCCAGGAAGGCGUUGGAAGUCCAAGCGGCCCAGAAGCCCGUUCCUACGAGCAACAACCUCAGUAUUGGCAACGGAAUCACGGCCAAGUUGCUGAGCAAGCCUUCAUCACGGGUAUCGCAAAAGAAGAGAGCGAAGACCGACGAUGGGAGUGGCUCGUCCUCUGCGCCGGGGAAAAACGUGAAGGGCGGCUUGAACCACCAGGGCAACAAGUCCAGAGGCGUACUACUAUGCGGCGAUGUCGUACCCAUCCAGAAACGAAACGGCGCAACGGGGGCCGCGAGCUUGUGGGUCAAGGAAAAGCGCGGCGGCCUCAUCUGGGUUCUUGAGGAGAUCGCGGAAGACGUGGUGUUUGUGACGGUCGACGAAAUAGGAUCUGUAAUCAAGGGACAGGGCGCGAUAGAAGCGAUCUGGGGGACCGAGCGGGUUCGGAGAGGUAUGGACCUUGCAAGGCUGAUUCCGGAGAUACCGCGCGUGCCCGGCACCAACACGGGCGCCCUCGACUUCGAUCAGAUUUCCGAGCUCAAGACAUUCACCGCCCGAACGCAGAACAGUAUCAAUAUCCCUAUCACCGUGUACCAGCUACCCGAGGAGUCGACAUUCCGCGUUUCGAGUUUCCCUCACAUCGCAGGCAUUCUAGUCUUGAAUGCCAGUACGCUUCAGGUCUCGAGCGCAAACACGGUCUUUUCCUCUUCGCUCUUCGGUCAGGCCAACCCGGAUGGCUUGCAUGUCACUGAAUUGCUCCCCAGCUUCGACAAGAUCCUCCACAUCAUGACCGACGAGGACGAGGUGAGCCUAGUCGACGGCAUCGUCAUCCCUGAGCACAGCUUCCGCCGAGCUCGUGCGCUGCUCGCGAUGAGGGAAGGUAGAGAGGAUGCAGCAGCAGUUUUCCUGAGGCCGAGCGGUCUCCCCGCGAAACACCGGGACGGCGCCGAGAUCAUGGUUGACGUGCAGAUGCGUGUGGUCAAAAGUGAUAAGUCGCCCAAAUUUUCCGACAGCGUCAUCGUCGAAAACGAGUCGGAAGAAGACCUCGAACAUCAUCCUGCUUCAGAAGUGGUUUAUGCUCUCUGGAUCACGUACUCUAGGCAGCUUCACGCAGUGAAUCACGGAGUCGGUCCUGUGACACCACUCAUGUCGCGGCCUGGAACACCACCUCACCAGCCUUCGCCGGGACAGUCGGUCAGCCAACUUCACCCGGAAGAGGCAGACGCAUCGACGCCGCGACGAGAAAGCCCCCCUGUGUCCUUGUUGUCGAGGCAGAUCAAAGAAGUGGAACCGCCAUCCACUCCCAAGCGAGAAUCAAACUCAAACCCAAAGAUCGUGCACCAGCCCGCAACACCCGGCACGCCCGCCAAGAAGAAGACCAUCGAUGACUUCGUCGUGCUCGAGGACAUGGGUCAAGGUGCAUAUGGUCAGGUGAAGCUGUGCCGGUACAAGAACGGGAGCAAAAAGAUGGUCAUCAAAUACGUCACCAAACGACGGAUUCUCGUCGAUACGUGGACCCGCGAUCGUCGCCUCGGCACCGUGCCGCUCGAGAUCCACGUUCUUGACUACAUCCGCCGCGACGGCUUCAAACACCCGAAUAUUGUAGAGAUGGCCGACUUCUUCGAAGACGACGUCAACUAUUACAUCGAAAUGGUGCCGCACGGGCUGCCCGGCAUGGACCUGUUCGAUUACAUCGAGCUGCGGGUCAACAUGGACGAGACUGAGUGCAGGAAGAUCUUCGUGCAGGUGGCAGAGGCGUUGCAUCACCUUCACACGAAGGCCAAGGUGGUGCAUCGGGACAUCAAGGAUGAAAACGUCAUCCUCGAUGGCGAAGGCAACAUCAAGCUCAUCGACUUCGGCUCUGCGGCGUACAUCAAAAACGGUCCUUUUGACGUUUUUGUGGGGACCAUCGAUUACGCAGCACCCGAAGUUCUGGCUGGCAAGUCGUACCGUGGCAAAGAACAGGAUGUUUGGGCAUUGGGCAUUCUGCUCUACACCAUCGUCUACAAGGAGAAUCCCUUCUACAGCAUCGACGAGAUCAUGGACCACGACCUGCGGGUGCCGUACAUCAUGAGCGAGGAGAGCAUCGACCUCAUCCGGCUCAUGCUCAACCGCGACGUCGAUCAGCGCAUCACGAUCGGCCAGGUGCUGGAGCAUCCGUGGUGCAAGAUGGAGGGACAGGGGACCGGUUGA